UGGUCCCGGCGUCCCGGACAACAAAUGGCCGUGAACCGACAGAGAGGCAGAGUGUGAUCCAGGUUUCUCUGGUUCUCUCAGUGCGACUACAGUGAGAGCUGCCUCCAUGCCCACAUAGUAGGUUAGAGAGGGCAAGAAGCGCUCUUUAUCCUCACACUCAGUACAUUUCAUUCAUCUGGCAGAAUGAUGGGAGAGUCCUGUUGACACCACGGAGAGAUAUACGCUGAGACCGACUAUGGCUGUGGACGCGGCGUCCAGCUUCAGUUUUUGCCGUGCCUCCCUGGAGCACACGGUGUCUGCUGAGGAGCUGAGCUACCAGCUGCCGCGUCGCGCCGGAGGCAGCAACCUAACCUGGCAUGACGGCCGCGGCCAGAAGACAGCGCACACACGCACCGUCAAACUACUGCAGCAGCCCGGCACAGAGGGCAUUCAGUUGCGUCCGGGUGAAGCCUUCACUGUGUAUCACACCAGUCCUACUCUGUCCAGUCUGUCCAAACCUGUGGUGCUGUGGACUCAGCAGGACGUCUGCAAGUGGCUUAAGAAACACUGUCCACACAACUACCUGACUUAUGUAGAGGCUUUCUCCCAUCACGCCAUCACAGGGCGGGCAUUGCUGCGUUUGAACGGGGAGAAGCUGGAGAGGAUGGGAAUCGUCCAGGAGACGCUGAGGCAGGAGGUCCUCCAACAAGUCCUCCAACUGCAAGUCAGAGAAGAGGUCCGCAACCUGCAGCUCCUUAGUAGAACCUCCUUUGGAAACUUCUCUUAGCUCAUCCCUGGAUCCAUUUGGCAGCCCUUUCCCCUCAUCCUCUGUCACAAUGCAUCUCUAGGAGCCAUGGAGGAGCUGCUGUCUUCAGAUAUGUGAGCGGAGAAUCAAUGAGUGAAAGGGGGAGAGGACAGGCCUAUAGACCACAUGCCAACCAGUCUGGAGGAUUCUCAUUCAACACGGCCAAUCUGGUUUACAGACAGAGACAAAGCCCCGCUCAAGGCAGGGGUACCCACUGUAACAUAGUGAUAAGAUGUAAGAUUCACGCAAGUCAUGAUGUAGGCCUGUCACUGGUAUAUGCUUGAUUACAGAAAAUCUCCUUUUUGGUUUCCUUUCUCAUUUGGAUCCA